UGUUUACGUGAAAAUGCACAGACACAGCCCCUUUCUAGUCUGCAUGGACUUGACUCUCUCGCAAAGUGAAGUCAUAGACCCCAGCUACCUGUGGAUUGGGCCACAGGGACAGAAUCUAGAAAGACAAAGCUACAUGAAUCUCACAGAAACUGGGAAGUUGAUGCUGCUCAAUUUUAACGAGGGCUUGUCAGGAUCUUAUACUUGCACGCUUUCUUACAGAGUUGUCCAAGGGGACAUGCAAGUGGAAGAAGAAAGAUUCCAGGCAUACAAAUUUAUGGUUUAUGCGUAUCGGGAACCCGAUUACGCCUAUCAAGUCUCUGUUCACUUCACCACCAAGGACUGCGGUUUCGCAGGCAACGCCGAAUUCUUCAAAGACCUGCAAAAGGUCCUGAACAACCUGAUUUCCCACCUGACCAGCCACAUCAUCGAUUCAUCCUACAAAUGUCACGCCAUCAAGAGACCCAAACAUCUGCUGGAGGAUGAGCUCUUUGUCACGUUUCAAGUCAAUCCUUUUGCCCCUGGCUGGGAAGACGCUUGCCAAAAGGUCGCGGCCGACUGCGAAGAUGUGACCAACAGCCACGUCCAAGAGGCCCGAUGGCUCAUUGAAGAAUUUUUCCUCAAGCAAUCGUACGUCUUGAAACACGAGUUCCAGAACACUCCUGUGAUUCAUUACAUAGACCACAGUUUCCAAAUCACUCGCCUCGAUAGCUGUCGCCCAGGAUUUGGGAAGAACGAUGUCACCCACAACGACUGCACCAAUUGCUGCGUGGCCUGUGAUCCGGGGACCUACAGCCCAAACAACAACGUGGUUUGCCUGAAAUGUACGAACAUUCGGAUUACGUCCUACGGAGCAAAAUCUUGCUAAAUAAAGUCAAAAGGAAAAA